UAAGCAACUUCACGAAUCCGCACUUGAUAAAUCGCUCCUAAAUAGUGCACUCGUAUAAUUCAAAGUUUCAUCAUGUACCCUGGUCAAAAUAUGGAAGAAAAGUACAUCGAAAAUGAAAAUUUCAAUCAUCCGUCUUAUACGCGAAGAAAAAACAUCUUUGAUUUGUCCACUCUAUGCUGCCUCCUAAUUUUAUUCGUGAUUCAAAUCUGCUGGUUCUAUCAUAUUUACGCGCUGAAGAAUGAAAUGGCUGAAAUUUCGAGAAACAAUGAGAAACUCACGAAAGUUUUAGCCGCCAUUUGGAACAGAAGAAGCAAGAGGUCAGCCAGUAUUGGAAUUGAGUUUCCCAGUGCAGAUUUCGCCGAUUUUGCGAUCUUCGAUGAUUUAGGAGCCACGUACGUCAUUGGGAAUCCAUUUUGCAAUGACGUUAAAAAGUGCGUGAAAACAGAAUUGUUGGAUCUCGGAAAACGUACAAAAGAAGGAAAAAUAUGCACCAAAGGUGAGCCUGGACCGAUUGGCCCUAUAGGACAUCCUGGAAUAAAGGGAGCUAAAGGCGACCGAGGACAGGAAGGAUCUGUAGGUCCGAAAGGUUCUAAAGGCCUAUCAGGGUAUCCGGGGAUCCCAGGUCUGAGUGGCAGAAACGGAAUUGAUGGUCCACCAGGAAAAGAUGGUGCGAAGGGUGAGGCCGGUAAAAUGGGACCUAAAGGAGAUAAAGGAGAUAGAGGCCCAGUAGGUGAAAGUCUGAUUGGACCUGUUGGGCCUCCUGGAUUACCUGGAGUUAAGGGAGACAAAGGAACCACCGGUGCUACAGGGAAAGACGGAAGUAAAGGAGAGGCAGGUUUGCCGGGAAGCCAGGGAGAAAAGGGCGAGAAAGGUAGUCGAGGAAUCGUUGGUAUCCCGGGAAUGAUAGGAGAUAUUGGUCAAAAAGGCGAUGUAGGUCCAGCAGGUUCCAAAGGAGAUAGAGGAGAAAGAGGAGAUAUUGGACCGAAAGGAGUCAAAGGAGAUAAAGGUGAACCUGGAGAAUAUCAAGCCGAAGCAGAUAUAGUGUGAAUUCGAUUAUGAUUGUUUUUAUUGAUUUUACCUUUUGUUAAAAGUAUUGGCUAUAAGUUUCUUACUAUCAAUAAACAUCAUUCUUAAUA